CAUUGACUGCCCCUCUUUGGCGGGGCUCCCUUGACAGCUCUCUCGUGACCAGCCUGGUCGAGUUCCUUCCCUUCCAGUGCCAGUCGAGAUACAAAACGCUCUGUAUCCCGUACCUGAGCAGCUUUGGGCACACUUUCCCAAUUCACACCACUUCUUCCCCAGCUGGUCCCAAACUCUACUUCCUCGUUUCCAUCCUGCAAAGUUGGUUGCUACCCUGGCUAACACCUUUUGAACGUCCCACCGCACCUCCUAUCAACCUAGGGGCGCAACAUCAUUGGAUUGCCUUUUCUCUCAACUGCACCCUUCACGUUGCCAAAGAUGGCCAGUAAGACGUCCGCAGUGGCAGGAGAUGACCCAAUUGAGGUGCUCUUUGCCCUGCAUCAUAAGUUCAACCUCGUGGAUUUCGCCGGACCCCUUCAGAUCCUGACUUCUGCCCUGAACGAUGCUGAGGAUUCUGGUUCUAAGGCCUUUGAGGUCACCAUUGCAAGCGGCGAGACGAAUGUGCUCUCCGAGCAGGGCGUCAUAAUCAACUCCCAGUGCACCUGGAAGGAGGCCUACGAGCGUCUCAACGACUUUGACGUCGUCAUCGUUGUCGGUGGCAACACUCAAGAGAUCUUGGACAAGAAGGAGGAGCCUCUCAACCUCAUCUCGGCAUAUGCGGAGCUGCAGAAGAAUGACCCGAGCCGCGAGCGCACGUUGCUGUCCGUGUGCACGGGCUCUCUGUUCCUGGCGCAACAGGGCAUCCUCUCCGGCCUCUCUGCCACCACCCACCCAGACUACAUCACUAAGAUUGAAAAUAUGUGCAGCCAGAACGUCGUCCGGGGCUUGGGUGACCACACCGACAUCAUAGAAGAUGCUCGCUACGUGGUAAACAAUCUGCGUUUCGACCUCGGCGACGAGGACGAGAACCCCUACAUCCGGCGCAAGUCGGACGCUAGCCGUCCAACUAACGCCCGGAAGGGGUCGAUGUCCUUCAAGGCCGCCUCUAGAAGAGAGUCGGUUGCCCGACGCGCCGCAAUGCGUCUCGGUGGUCUCCGUGUCAUCACGAGUGGCGGAGUAGCGGCAGGCAUGGAUGCGGCUCUGUACCUCGUUAGCAUCUUGGUGUCGGCGGAGUCCGCCAACGAGGUCGCCCGCGACAUGCAGUUGACUUGGACUAAAGGCGUUGUGGUUGAUGGGCUUGAUGUGUAAAAUAAACUUGGCGUUAACCCGCGACGUUGGGCGUCGUGCAGCGACUAGAACCGGCAGCGUCAAUGUUAGGAUUACGGUACCAGGGUAGAAAACAGGAUGAUAAAUGGCCAUUUUAUGUCGGACCUAACGGAUGUUGCUCAUUGGAGAUGAGAUGCAAUGCUUUGGAUUAGCCAAGUCAAUGUAGCUUACCAAUACGCACUAAUGUAAUCCGUAUGUACAUACGUACGGAAGUAUGCACAAGUAAUCCGUACUGAGGUUAUCCCUACACAGAGUGCCC